CGGGAGGUGGUCUCCCGAGUUAUUUAUACAUUUUAUUUUGGUAAAAAUACGCGGAGACAAAAAUAUCGGAGUUUUAGAAUUAGAAUGUGUCCGUAAAGUCCAGUGUCUCAUUCACCAUUUUUGUAAAAAUUUCCGAUGAAAAAUGAAGAAUUGGGACGUUCUUUGCAUUUUUAUGGUCGUAAGACUUGCCUCAGUAUUUCUAGUACAAACUUUCUUCGUACCUGACGAAUAUUGGCAGUCGCUGGAGGUUGCCCAUGGUAUUUCUUUUGGAUAUGGGUACCUCACAUGGGAGUGGCGUGCAGGAAUCAGGAGUUACAUUUAUCCGUUAAUAUUUAGUUGUUUUUACAGUUUGCUCAAGUAUUUGCAAUUUGACGAUCCUUUAUUACUGAUCUACGGGCCACGUAUUUUGCAAGCCCUUUUGAGCGCUUAUGCCGAUUUGUGUUUUUACCAGUGGUGUGGGGCAAAAAAAUGGGCUGUGUUCAGCAUUGCAACGUCGUGGUUUUGGUUUUACACCGGAUCAAGAACCUUGAUUAACACUUUUGAAUGUGCUUUGAGCACGAUAGCGCUUUCCAAAUUUCCCUGGCUGGGGAAAGGCAAAGACGAAAAUUUAAAAUUUAUUUGGAUAGUUGCCAUACUUUCAGUAAUACGCCCCACAGCUGCAGUAAUAUGGUCACCACUUUGCGUUUAUCAUUUAAUGAUAACCAAAUAUAAAAUUUCAUCUCUGAUUAUCACGCGCUACAUUCCCAUCAGUCUUAUAGUACUAGCCGCGUCCAUUCUUUUAGACAGUCUCUCUCACGGAUAUUUUAUCGUAACUCCUUACGAGUUCCUCAAAUUUAACAUAAUCCAAGAUGUGGGCACACAUUACGGCUCCCAGCCUUGGUUUUGGUACUUAUCUGCAGGUUUCCCUGCAAUUCUCGGAAUCCACUUUUUGCCCUUCGUGUUGGCCACACUUGUCGUAAUAAAACACCGCAGUGUGCACCCCAACGAAUUGGCCCUGCUUGGUACUGUGGUUUUCUCGUUAACAGUUUACAGUUUUCUACCGCAUAAAGAAUUCAGAUUUUUGCUGCCUCUGCUACCGAUAGCGUUAUUUAUUUCGUCCCGAUUUUUAUCAGUUUGGAGUCGCAAAGCUAGUAAUGUUAUGCUGUGGACGGUUGCGUUAAUUUUAUUUGUGGGAAAUGUGGGCCCGUCCUAUUAUUUGGGCUACGUCCAUCAGCGUGGUACUUUAGACGUGAUGGGUCCUUUACGAGAGAUAGCGAUAAAAGAUCCGAAAAAUACGAAUUUGUUGUUUUUAAUGCCUUGCCAUUCUACACCUUUGUACAGCCACUUGCAUGUAAAUGUGACUGCUAGAUUUUUAACGUGUGAGCCGAAUUUUAAUAACACUAGUGGGAGUUAUGUUGACGAAGCUGAUCAGUUUUAUAGUAGUCCUAGUGUUUGGCUACGGAGGAAUUAUCCAGCUAAUGGGACUUUACCGUCUCAUAUUAUUUGUUUCGAUACUUUGAAACCCAUGAUCAGUGAUAUAAUGAGCAGGUAUAAGACAACGCAUGAAAUUCCACACACUAAUUUUCCGACGUCAAGAGUGGGAUAUAACGUUUUAAUAAAUGAAAGAAUUGGUAAUUGAUUUUUAUUGUUUUAUUUUGUAUUGCUCAAGUUAGGUCACUGCCAUGUUGUUAUUAUAGUUAAAUAAAUGUUUGAAUGAAU